AUGCCGCCGAAGAAGGACGGCGAGGGGGCGCCUGUGAAGAAGAAGAAGAAGGAGCCACCGAAGGAGUUGUGCGGCUGCGGCGCCGAUACGUACCGCCCGCCGCCAAAGGGAAAGAAGAAAAAGACGGUGCCGAUCGAGCACGUCGCCGGCUGCGUGUACCAGCGCGCCAUCUGCAAUGCGUAUCCACACCUGCCGAAGUGUGCCGUGUGCCUCAACCCAUGUACGUAUUGCGCCGGCACAAACAGGUGGUGCCCGCACUGCUAUGAGAAGCGCUGCAUGAAUAUGUACAAGCGCGUGGUGCACGGCUACGAGAAGAAAGAUCAGCAGCGAAAGGGGACAGUCACCUUCAUUCUUGCAGACGAAAACCUUCAGAUGGCAGCGGGGUCAUAUAGUUCUAAGAAGAACUCGGUGGCGCGCUGA